AUGGCUAACAUCAAUGAAACCAUGUCCCAACCUGGUGAUUGGUUUUCAUACUAUCAACCGCAAACCAACUCAUAUGCAACAUUUAAUGACACGGUUUCAGAUGCCACAGUCGUCACCACCACCUCUACCGAUGUUACAGCCACAUCUAUUCAAAGCAAUUUGGGACCGGAAGGUGGCAUUUCGAAACCUAUCCGAAAACGUUCUAGAGCAUCCCGGAGAACCCCAACCACCCUACUCAACACCGACACGAGCAAUUUCCGAGCACUGGUGCAACGGUUCACGGGCUGUCCACCUGCACCCAUGGCUGGUGGUGGUGGUGGUGGGUUUCACAUGCAGUAUCCAAACCAGCAACAACCGAACAUAUACUUCAGUUCAUUGAAUAACAAUCCAGCUGAUGAUUUUCAUCAAAGAGUUAACAUCUCUACGUCUAACAACGUGGAGGAUUCUACUGGCUUUGUUAUUGAUGGUUUUUCAACCUAUCUGCCACCAAGGUCUUCAUAG